AGUGUUGGAAUUCCCACACUUCAUUGCGGUCAUAUAAAGUCAUGCGAGCACCACAAAGCUCAUUCUGUGUCAGUAUGUCUAUGAGAGUGCUUCUCUUCGGACUAUUUCUGCUGCUCACUUCAGGGGCACAAGGAAAACCCGGCUCAUCCCGAAAGCCCAUGUGUGCUGAGAUGGCCGAGAUCCACGCGUGUCCCAUUAACGUCGCACCUGUGUGUGGCAGCGAUGGGAACAGCUAUGACAACGAGUGUUUACUGUGUGUGGAAAGACUGAAAACCAAAUCUGACAUUUUAAUCACAAGAGAUGGUGACUGCUGAGCUCCUGCACAAAAUACAUGAUCAUUAAGAUCUGUGGCCAAAAUAAAGCAUCUGGAAUGGAA